GUUAUGCAAUUCCACUCAUUAUACAAAGCGAUGACGCAUUAUUUGCAUAAUUGCAGUCGCAAAUUGCAAUGAAUUCAAGCACCUUUGCAUAGGCGCGACAGCUGGCUGUCGAGCAGCGCUUGUCGCGAGCCCAACCUGAAUGGAGGGCGGCGAGGAAGCCAAGCAGGCUUUGUUUAGCGCGGUGUCGCGUGCUUUAGAGUCUUAUGAGCGGGGAGCUGUAAAUCCACAGCACUUCUCGGCGCUGUUGGAGCAGCUUCAGCUGGUUCUGGAGCAAGCUCUGACUGACGUGCCCGGUGGCAAAGGCAACCACGAUCAGGAUGCCGACGAGCCUGAGUACUUGACGGCAGCGCAUCGUGGGGGGCUGGGCUCCACUGCGCGGCACGCAGACGGCUCCCCAGAGGACAGCCAGUCAACGGAUGGCACAAGCUCAUGGGCUUCGCCGCUGCGGGCGGCGGCAAGGGGAGCCCUGCGCGGGCCUCAGUCCACCGACAAGCAGUCCGCCGCAUCGCCGGCAGCGCGUUGGCUGACGCACCACACGCACCAAAAUGACUUGCAAAACCUGAGGAAGGAGAAUGCGGUACUAAAGCAGCGGGUGUCUGAGCUGGGGGAGGCUGUAACGCGAGAGGCACGGCGCGCGUCAGAGGCAGAGGCGCGAGCGGAGGCGCAGGCACGGGAGUUGGAGUACGAGCGGGCAAGGGCAGGCCCGGAUGCGCCACGCUCGCUCCAGGAGCAGCAGCUCCUGACGCGGCUGGGUCAGCUGCAGGCCGCCAAUGACUCGCUCAAGCAGCAGCUGGCGGACAGCCGCACAGAGGCCGCCGCGGCCAGCAGGGCGCAUGCCGCCGGCUCCAGCCGGGCUGAGGUGGUGCUGAUGGGCGAGCUGGAGCAGCAGCGGCAGGCUGCGGCUGCGGCGCGGCGGGACCUGGCACGGCAGGCGGCGGCAGCGGCGCGGGAGAAGGAGGCGUUGGAGCAUGAGGCCCGAAGAUGGCAGCUGGCAGCCAGCCAGGCCGCGGCAGUUGCCGAGAAGACGCAACAGAAGAUGGCGGCCGUGGAACAAAAGCUGGAGGCGCAGGUGGGCCAGAUGCGCUCGCUGGCGACGGACCUGGCGGCGCGCGGCCGCGAGCUGGGCGCCCUGCAGCAGCAGCUGACCGCCACCCGGGCCGCACUGGCCGCCCGCAACCGCUAUCUGGAGCGCCUGGACGCAGCACUGUUGCAGCCGCUGCUGGGGUGGCACGCGGAGGCAGAUCCGGCGGUGGCGGCGGCGCUGCUCAUAGCGGGCGGCAGCGUAGGGCCGGGGCCGGCGCCUGGGCGGGGGCUACCGCGCAGCCGCGACUUUGUGCAGCUCAAGUUCCGGGCUGAGGCGGUACUGGGCGCAGCGGCGGCGGAGGUGGACUCGGCCGCGGAGCGACACGCCGCUGCGGCUGCUGCGGCUUUUGAGGCUCUGGCCUCCCGGAUUACGAGCCUGAAACAGGAGGCAGACAGCUGUGGCGCAGCGGCACGCUCUCAAAUUGCCGAGGCAGAGGCACGACUUAGUCGCCAGCUGGAGGAAGUAAGGGCCUCCGCAGCGCAACAGGUUCGGACCGUGCAAGACCAGCUCCAGUCGACACUGGAGGCCAAGGCGCAGCUGCGCGAAGCGUUGGCUGCGGAGCAGGCCACGGCGGCGGUGCGCACGUCGGAGUUGGCGCGGCUGUCGGAGCGGGAGGUGCGGCUGACGCUGCAGGUGGAACAGCUCACGGCGGAGCUGGCCAAGAUCAAGGCCGAGUCCAGCAGGGCGCUCAAGGAUCAGGAACACGAGGCGGAGAUGUCACAGAAACAGCGAGCCGAGGGCGCUUUUGAGCGCGGGCGGCAGCUGGGCGACCGCCAGGCAGCGGCAGCCAUAACAGCGCUGAAGGGCGAACUGCAGGAUGCAGCCAUGCAGCUACAGGCAUGCCGCAAAGAAAUCGCCAUGCUUACGUCCCAGAUCGAGGAGGCCAGGACGUCGGCUGAGUCAUUUGAGGCGCGGCUCUCAGAGGCAUGGCAAGAGGCGCACAAAGCACGGGUGGAGUCGGAGGAGCGGUUGCGCCGCGACGCUGACUGCCGCCUGGCGGAGGCCAAGGCGUCGGCAGAGCGGCGCGCGGAGCUGGAGGCACAGGACCAUGCGCUGGCUCUGCAGCGGGAGCGGGAACGCGGCGAGCGGGCGCUUGUGGAUGCCAAGCGGGCGGGCGAGCUGGCGGCGGAGGCAGCACGGCGGGAGGGCGAAACGCUAUUGCAGCGGGCGGCCGGGGAGGCGGAAAUGCAGCUCCGCGGCGCCAUGUCCCAGGCAGCCUCGCAACUCAAGCUAGCGGAGGAGCGUCACCUGUUGGCAGCUCAAGAUGCGGAGCGCCGCAUUUCCGCGCUGUCAGAGGAGGGACGCCUGGCCAACGACAAGGCGGCCGCAACGCAAGAAAAGUGUGAGCAGCUCAUUGCGCAGGUGUAUAACGUGACGCAGGAGCUGCAGAAGGUUCGCCAGGCGCUGUCUGACCGGGAGGCAGCUGCCAACUCGGCGGCGCAGGAACAGGCCUCCACCAUCGCGGAGCUACAGGUCAAGCUGCUUGAGUGUCGGCAGCGGCUAGCGCAGCAGGCGGCCAUGCUAGAAGAAAUCACGCAGCGCCAAGAGGACGCGCAGGCACACGAGCUGGAGGCAGCGCGACUGGCCAUGCAGCACAUGGCAAAUGAGCGGGACAGCCUCCAGGCCGAGUGCGUGGCGCUGACGCAGCAGCUGAGCGCGGCCCAGGCUGCUGCGGCGGGCGUGGAAGUCGAGAUGGAUACCAUCACACGGGCUCUCGACGCGCACAAGGCCGCACGUGCCGCCGCAGAGGCGGCUGCCGAGGAAGCCCGGCGCAGCGCGGCCGCAGCGGCGGAGGCGGCGGAGGAAGGCGCGGCCCGUGUGGGUGUGCUGCAGCAACAGCUGGGGGAGCAACAGCGGCUGUAUGAACGCGAGUUGGGCAUGCUUGAGGCGCGGUGCCAGGCGGAAGUGGACACGGCUCAGGCUCGAUACCGGGCUGAGCUGGAGAGCCUGCAGUCUGGCCUCAAGCUGCUGCGCCUCAAACAAACCCGAGUCAUGGCGUACGUGGAAGAUGUGUUCCAGGAGCAGGAGCUGGAGCAGCUCCAGCAACAGGACCAGGAGCGCCAGCCGCAAGACCGGGAGGGAAGCCUGUGGGGGGCGGGACUGGAAGGAGAAGAGUAUGGGCACGAGAAUGAGCCGCGCCGGGGUGGGCUGGGGCUCACGCGGGGGCAUGGGAACGUACUUGCUCAGUAGCAGCGGGAGCAUGGCGGUGAGGGGUCGAAGGAGGCGGAAGAGUGUGUGUGUGUUAAAGAGCACAAGGAAAACGUGUGUGUGUGUGUGUGUGUGUGUGUGUGUGUGUGUGUGUGUGGCAAAUUAGACGGUAGUAGACUUGGAGUGGCCGCGAGGCACAUGCUGUGGCACAGCGACAGCCGGCCGGUGAGCACGAUGAGGGCGAAUCCUAGGGUGUCUCCCACGGGUGUCUCCCUUGAGGGGAAUUUUGUGGCUAGCUGUGGCUGUGCGGCAGUGACUAGUUUUAUGGGUAUUAUUAUGAGACCCGAGGCUGGUGGUCGUGUUCUGAUAGACUUCAGCACUCAGAAGUACUAUUUAUUGGCCUGUCCCCCCCGGGUUCACUUCACUUUGGGGCACCGUCCCAAAACUGGACAACCUUUGGACCCGUGUUUAGACGUGGUAGUACAGUCCGACGUGGA